AUGGCGGGCGACGCGAUCGACCCGUCGUACGAUGACGAUGACUUCGAGGUUUCCGACGACGACGACGUCGAGAUGGCCUCCGCGGUGAAGCCGCGUCCGGAGGAGAUCCGAGGCACCCAUUCGAAGGUUGCGUCGACCGCGACCGCGCCAGGCGGUAAGACCCCGGGCGCGCGGCGGCCCAGCGGCAGCCUCACGGCGGACCUGCGGAGCGUCGCGGCGGUGAACGCGUCGUCGCCCGCGCGCGGCUCGUCCGCGGGUCAACCCAGGGCGGUCGCGCUGCUCGCGCGAAGAUCCGCGUCCAAGGACUCCACAGUCAAGAAGAAAUCUCCUCCUCCGCCGACGACGAACGCGACGGUGCGACCCAAGAUACCGAGCGACACCGCGCAGAUGCGCCUCAGCAGCGCGUUCGAGAAGACCCUGGACACGUGGCACGACAGGGACGGCGUCGCCGCGGAGAACCUCGCACUCCGCACGCAGAUCGACGCGCAGCUCGCGGAGAUGGCGGGUUUAACCCUCAAGUGCCAGUCCCUCGAAGCCGCCGCUCGAGCCGACCGCGAGCGCGCGGCGGACCACGCGGCCGCCCUCGAGGACGCCGUGAACAAGGAGCGCAAGCUCCGCGUCGAGGCCGAACGCGCCGCCGCGGACGUCAAGGCGACGUCGACGCCGUGGGGCCAGAUGGCCAAGGGCGCGAUGGACGUGCGAUGCGUGUCGGUCGAAGAGGCGGAGUCCAUGCGCCGAGAGAUCCAGACGCAGGACGCCAUCAUGCGCGGGUACCAGAAGGAGAACGAGGCGGCGACGGCGACGAUCGCGGCGAUGCGACGCGAGUUUGCGGUCAAAGAGGGCGAUUUCACCGGCACGAUUGACCGACUCAACGGCGAGAUCGCUCGGCUUCGACUCGAGACGGAGCGCACCGGCGGCGACGGUGCUCGGUACCUGGAGAGGCAACUCGCCGCCGAGUCAGCGCUCAAGGCGGCGCAGGCGGAGUUUGGCGAGCGCGAGCGCGAGCUCGUUCGCGAGCGCGACGCGGCGCGAGCGGCGGCGCGAGCGGCGGAGGCGAAGAUGGCCGGCGGCGGCGGAAUGGACCCGGGCGAUGAGUCACCGGGCGGUGAGUCACCGGGCGUCGAGGCGGCACAGCUGGCGGAGCUCGAGAGGAGGCACGGGGCUCGGGUGGCGGAGCUGGAGAAACGGAUCGCGUGGUUCACCGAGAACCAGGAGCUCGUCGCGGACAGGGACGCCAACCUUCGCAGGCAGGCGGCGAGGAUAGAGGAGCUCGACAGGGAACUGGCCAGGGCGCGACGCGAGCUGGCCAAAUUUCAACCCGCCGCCGGCGUGAGCUCGCGCAUCGCCACCCCGGGGAGUACCCCGGGUAAGCCCGCGGACGUCCGCGACGUCAGCUCCGCGGGCGUGGCUUCGCUCCUGGGAGGAAUCGAUCCCGGGACGGACGUCACCGCGUCGGCCGUCUUUGACGCCGGUUUAGCCAAAAACCCGCAGUCGGUCGCCGCGCUCGUCAGGGCGGUGCGACCGACCGAGGCGCACGUCGAGAAGAUCGCCGCGCUCGAGGCGCGGUGCAGGCGACUGCAGGACGAGCUCGACGCGACGGACGGCGAGCACGAACGCGCGUUGCGCGCCUUGCAGCAGGAACACCUCAAGUUUAAGUCCAACAUGGAGCGCAGGGUUCGAGAGGCUGAGGAGUUUGGGCGCGACGCGCAGGGACUCGGCGGCCCGCGCGCCGUCGGCGCCAAGCCCCCGGGGACGAAAGCGCUGGAGAGGCAGGUGCACGAGCUCCAGGGCGAGGUGGACACCCUGCGUGCUCGGUUGAGAGACGCGGAGGCUGCCGCCGCCGUCCGGACCGGUCCGGUAUCGGAGAGGCCGGCGGCUCCGGCGAGGAGGAAACCACCGAAGAGGUCGGCGUCGUCCGAUAAGGAGAACGCCGACGCCGCCGCCGCGGUCGCCGCGGUCGCCGCGAGCCCCGUGUUCAAAGCGCCCGUCGCGCACAACCCGUUGGCGAACGACCCUCUGCCGGAGGGCCACCCCGCGGUGACUCCGUUUGACCCGACGGGCGCCGGGGCGUCGCCGUUUAAAUCUCGGCCGCUCAUUCGGGACUCGAGGGAGGGUUUCCCGCAGCCGAACGACGGGGACAUCGCGGCGGCGGCGGCGCGCGCCGCCGCGGAGGUUGCGCGCUCGUUCGCGUCCCCGCGCCAGCCGCGCGCGCCCGCGACGAAAAGCCCGGCGAAGGCCGCCACCGUCGAGGCUAAAAACACCCACGCUAACGUCAAGGCUAAAAACACCCACAAGGGUAACAAGCAGGGUAAUAACCCGAGGGUCAGCUGGAACGCCGAACUGGAGGCGGAGCGAACGUACGUGCCGUCCCCGACGGAGGAUACCAAGGCGUCCAUCGCUCGCGCGGGCGCGGACGACGUGGAGCUGGAUUCGCCGGUCAAGUCGACGUCACCUAUCAAAUCACCUAUCAAGUCGGCGUCCCCCGAGGUGAAGCGGGGCGGCCGGAGGCUCGACGCCGGCGACAAGGUCAUCACCGCGUCGCCCAAGAAGGGCGUUCAACAUCGGGAGAUGCCAAAGUUACCCCCGGUGCCCGCGAACUUCCCGGAGGCGUUCGUCGAGCGUUUAAAACGGCUGGAGGAGCGCGCGGAGGCGAGGGAGCGGUACUGGAAGGGCGUGGUUCGCGAGGUGCAACGAGUCGCGAGCGAGGAUUCGGCCGAGUUGCGUAAACGGUGCCAAGCCGCGGUGGACGGCAAGAACGAGCAGAUCAGGUACUUCCGCGAGCGGCUGAACGCGAUCGUGGCGACGGUACACGAGCAAUCGCUGCGGAGGAGCGUGGAGAGCGGCGUCGGAGCCCUCGAGGCUCUCGCGGUGUGA